AUUUUGCUGUAGUAUUCUCUAAAAGCCUAGUACAAAUUUCUUAUGUCGAAUUCAUUAACUUGUUCGUAUUAUAAUACUACUACAAUAACAAUGGUUGCAUGAAUUAUUUGCUGUUUGCUUAAACGUAGCACACAUUUCGUGAUCACGCAGUCUGUGAAAACGAUGGAGCCAUCCCUGAUGUAGAUGAAUGUUUAUAGCUCAAAGCUGCCCAGUUGACUAAAUUUUAAUGUCUGACUUAGCAGUAUGCCGGUUUGCGUACGAUGGGGUUGUUACCGCAGUACUAAAAAUAUUGGGAUCAGAUGGCGAAAAGUCGUUUGUUGACCAGGCUGGGCGAAAUCCUCUUCAUUGGGCGGCUUGUGGGGGUCAUUUAGAGUUGGUGAAAGUUCUUCUGACUAGAGGUUUCGAUAAAGAUUGCAAAGAUCAGUCUAACUGGACUCCACUUAUGAUUGCUAUUUCCGCUGGACGUGGUAAUGUAGCUUCAUAUCUUAUAGAGCAAGAGCAUGCUGAUGUAAAUGUAAUAAAUUCGACAGGUCAGUGCUGUCUUCACUAUUGUGCUUCUAAAAAUCGUCUUCAGUUAGUCAAACAGCUAUUAAAUGCUGGUGCUAAACCAGACGUAAAAGAUUGGGGAGGAGUUACACCGCUUCAUCGUGCAAUCGCUACAGAAAACCUAGAUAUAGCCAAACAUCUUUUAGACCAUACAAUCACUGAAAAUGAUGUUGGUAAUGAAGAAGGCUGCAAUAAACUGUUUUCAACGCUUGUUGAUUUAACUGACAAACAAGGCCAAACACCUCUACAUUAUGCAUGCGAAGAAGGCAAUUUCCAAGCUGCAACUUUACUAAUGAAUUAUGGUGCCUCUAUAAAUCAUAAAGAUACAGAUGGCAGAACACCCAUAGAUGUUGCCCCGGACCAUUUGCGAAUGAAUUUGUUAAAACUAUUAAAAGCUAAAUAAAAAAAAUAAUCUUUUUAUAAAUAUUCGUUUAUUCCCAAAUAAAAAACUAUUUUAUACGUAAAGUC